AUGCGAAACAAUAUUGUUACUAAUAUGAAUAAGGAAUUUGGCGAAUUAGGAAAUCUCUUGACUUCAAGUGUCAACACCGACAAUGAGAAGGACAAGCAAACCGUUGAGAGUUUCCUUUUGAAGUCUUACGGUAAAUUUGGCUCCAAGUACGAGAGUGCUGAAGGUAAGGAUAAGGAAGAACUUAAGAAAGUAAUUUUGGGUAAGUUUGAGACUUAUAAGAAGGAAGCAUAA